AUGCCAUCACCUGUGGACCUCUUGAAUUCCCUAGACAAGAUUUACGACGGACCUGUGGGAGACUCUUCAGCCCUGAUAGCCUGGAUCAAUGACGUUGCUUCUCCCGCCACCGACCACCUGUCUGAAUCGCUAGAUCUUCUGGCUCUGGACAGGAGCCUUGCACAAGUCACUGCUGCAUUGGAGGUCGCUUACGAAGAGAACUCCGCCCAGCUUGGACGUCUAAUCGAUGAUGUCUCACGGGGAAUUCCCCGACUUGCCUAUGACUUACAUUUCAUGAGAGAGGGGUCUCUCGCCUUGCAAGAGUCCCUUCAUCGCAUCACGAAUACCUCGGACUCCGCUGCUCAAGCCAACACGGAGCGAGUGUUGGACAGGUUGCACCUACUGGACAGUAUGAAGACUAACAUGGAAGCUGCAAAGAACGUUCUCCGCGAAGCAGAAAGUUGGAGUGGCCUGGAACCUGAAGUCGCGACGUUACUAGCCGAAAGAAACUAUGACAAGGCGGCGGAGAGACUCUUCGAAGCCAGCGAAAAUAUGUUUGUGUUCCAGAACACCUCGGAAUACGAAGCGCGACGCAAUGUCGUGGUGAGCUUGGAGAAUCAGUUAGAAGCUGCGCUAAGCUCAGCUUUGGUGGCAGCUGUCCAUGAUAGAGACAUGAAAGCUUGCCGUGAGUAUUUCACGAUUUUUAGCCGUAUUCAAAGGGAGGCCGAGUUCUUCAAUUACUACGUCGGGUCACGGAUUGAACCACUCCUUGUAUCAUGGCGCGAGAUACAAGCAAAAGAAUCUAGUUCGCCUCCGGGAAAAGCUCCGUCUGCCGUUUUUGCCGCCUCUCUCCCCGAUUUCUAUUCUUCCUUCAUGCACGUCAUCGCUAGUGAACGGACUUCCGUAUCCGAAAUAUUUCCGGAACCUCGAAAGACGUUAUCAGCGCUGAUAACAUCUGCUAUACUCUCCUUACAACCUUCAUUAGGCCAGAAAAUAACGACAAUGGCCAAUGACCCCAAUCCCGCGGUACUUAUACCGUUGGUGGCAGUAUUCAAGGCCACGGAGACCUUUGGACUUGAGAUCCAAAGGUUGCUGAAUACUCUGGAACCUGUGUCCCCGGAGUCACGGCCUGUACCUCCUCGUCGAUCUUCGGAUAGAGUGCAUGCCCGACGACUGAGUCGCCGCCUGUCCGUGUCGCUAUCAAGCCACGGCGGAAGUCGGUCCACUAUUCCUGACAUUCCGGGUAGAUCCACAGAAAGUGCCGAUGACUGGGAUUUGGCUCUUUUCGAACCAUUUGUUGAACCUCAGACGUCUUACGCGAUUUUGGAAAAACGUCACCUGGAGAUGCAACUGGGCGGCAUGGUCGGCGACGAGCCUCAGUUCAAGGGUGAUAUCUCGCGGUACCUCCGGGACGAAUUUGCACAAAUCCUUGACCUGGCUGACGGGACAUUGACGAGAUGUAUCGACUUUACGCAUGGGUAUGGAUUUCCCGGACUCAUGCACGGUCUCGACAGCAUCCUCGCAUCCUUCGUCCAAUCCUUCGAAGUCAAAGUCUUCGCCGGCCAACUGGAUGUGUUCAUUGGCGGACAAACGAGAAAGACCGCGCAAGAUGACUUGUAUGAUCUCGACUAUACUACGGAGGAUUGGUCAAAGAUUCAGCAAUUGCUGCAUUUCCUGGAUGCUACCCGAGCUUCCAUAGAGCGGCUAGCUACCUUUGAAAAUCAAGCACGCGCGGUAAUUACGCGUGCUUUGACGGAGAACGAUAUCACGCGGAGCGAUGCCCUUGGUGCUCAACCCGCGGGAAUGACAAGUGGCGAGAUCCACCUCCUUGCUCAGUCCGCUCUCAAUUCCAAAGACUUCUAUAAUUUUCUACAGUCGCUAGUGUCGAGAGAUGAGCAAUCCGGUGAUCAGUCAGCCGUCUCUGCAUUCACGGUGCGCGGUUCUGCCGAGAUGUUGCAUGACGCUAGGAGAGCCUUGGUUGCCCUUGCUGGUACAGCUCAGAAAUCACUGCAAGACGUCAUCUUAUCGCCGCUGGUCAAACGUCUCGAGACGUAUGCCCAUCUGACCAUUUGGUCCAAUACCAGCACCGUACACAGUUCUGGAAGAGCUGGUGACCUACAAAUACCAGUCUUUUCGCUCUCUCCCUCGGACACUAUGCAGAGAGUUGCAGAGGGACUUCUCAACCUUCCGCGAUUAUUUGAGGUCUACGCGGAUGACGAUGUGCUUGCCUUCUCUAUAGAGACUCUACCCCAUGCCGAGACAGAGCUGGCGAGAGUCUUAUCGGAGGAGCCGCACCUAGCGGUUGGGUCAGCUUCAGGACAUUCACGGAGGUCCGGUUCGCUAUCUAUAAAGCCAGGGCAGCGACUACGCCCUCUUACGCCUGAGAUGAUUCUGUCCGUAUGGUUAUACUCUCUAGGACGUACCUUGUUAUCCUACCUUCUAACGGAUAUCCUGCCGAGGCUACAAAGACUUACAAGUGGAGGUGCAGCCCAGCUUGCUUCGGACCUCGCGUAUCUCGAGAAUAUAGUCCAAGCCCUGAACGUGGAGGACGAUGGCCUGAAGAAAUGGAGAAGAUUUGCUGAGAUGGAUGACAUGGAGGGACGGGCACUGUGCAGGAAUGAAGAACAGAGGUCGGCGGAACCUAUACUGGCUCAGGUUGCCAGAAUGAGAGGCUGGCUCCAGCCGCAAAGCUAG